GGUACACGCUCUGGCGCUGAGCGUUCCCCUUCCCUCUCAUCACAAUUCAGCCGUAUUGCGGGCAGCGCUCGCCACAGGCCUCCAGAUCUUCCACUGCGUUCACCUUGGAGCAGUUCGAAACCCAAUUUGGUCCAGAAGGCUAAAGCUAUCGCGGCAUGGCCUGCCGCAAUGCGAUUCGACGAUGUGAUUAGGAUGAAGACCCCACUAGAGCGCGCUAAUGGUUAUGCACGGAAAAUUAAUGAGCUUGCUCAAGUCGAGAGUGGCCUGACAAAUUGGAUUAUUGCAAUCAAGAACGGAGGUCAGUGGUUUAACAUGGGCUGCUUCUUCGUCUAAGCAAAAAGCAGCUUCCACACCAGACGGUUCAUAUAGACGAAAAUCGCCUCUUAGUGGUAACAGCUUCACCGUUGGCGGAAGCAGGAAGGUCUCCGCAGGCUCUCACGUCUCCGAUGCUAGCUUCCCCACCCGGCCAGAUGCGACUAUUGCUACAGAAAUCUCGUCCGUGGAAAACGACUCACCGCCUCGCAUCAUACCCACCAACUUGCCCUACCCAUCAUUAGCACAGGGCAUUGGCCAACGUUCCCAGUCUGUGCGAAGUUACACUCCCGCGUUAUCGAUCAAUACGACGCCUUCACGAUCGCCUCCUUCUGGUCCCCUGAGCGGCAAGAAGGGCACCGGGUUCUUCUCUUCCAUUGGCAGGAAAGGGAGUCAACGCAGGGACCGUCAUCUUCCUUUGCCCAACUCAAACCCACUCUCUAGGCAGGGAACGAUGCCUCUUAGUGUAGGAGUUGGCUCGGGUUCGGAAUCGCCUACUAGGUUGGUGCGGUCCACUGCAGUUCCCAGCGUACCAGGUGGACCGAGAGAGCCUCCAGGCCGUUUGCAUAAGGCAAACCCCGUGUCCCGACGUUCCUCCCUCGACUCCCCACCUAUGGUCCCUUCGGCACCAUUACCUGCUGGCUCUUUGGAUAAACGCCGCUCCGUUGGACAUUCUAGUGUGGGACAAUAUGGUAGACCUCUUGAAGCUCCGCGUGGAGCGCGCACGUAUGGAUCACUAGACCAAACUAGCCCGCGCUUUUCCGCGAGCCUCCAGAACAUGGCAGAUAUUUUGCCGCAGGCAAAUCGAACUAUGCUUGCUCGGUAUCUUACAGAAGCGAAUGGCGAAGAGAUGUUAGCCAUUACGCGUUAUAUUGAAGAUGAAAAGAGGGGCAGCGUUCCCUACUGACGAAUCAUUACGUGUUGAUUAUGCAUUAAACGUAUCACUGACGAUAUCCACAUGCUUGUAUUCC